AUGUGGGCUACCCUGUUUGAAAUCGACGAAGAUUUGAUAUUGCGGACCUGGAAAUGGUACGUUGAUCUUCUGCAAAAGGAGCUGGGAUUGGCACGGAGCACAUACGUACUGGUCGAAGUGAUGCAAAAGGACGGCUUGGUCGAUGGGCACCAACGGCUUUAUGGCCCAUUGGUGAAUUUUGGCACAUCCGAACCCGAGAGCCUGGUCAAGAAAACCAUCACUGUCAAAAGCAAUGACGACUCUGGCGCAAUUUGGCACUUGGUGUCUUACUACCGGCCUGUUGGUGUUCUCCAAGGCCGUUUGCCAGUCCAGACAAUCAACCAGGAUUUCAUUCUGCAACGAUGGCACCUACCAAGAAAUCCAAUACCGUACGGAAACUCGUACGACGGCCAACGAGCUGCAGAAAGCAGAUUAUCGCAAAUGACACACCUGUGGGACAGUUCCCACCAUGCUCAACUAGAUUGGCCCAUAUUGAAAGAGUCUGACCGUUACCACACCAAUUCCCACCAGGAUCCAUUUUCAGAACUUGUAAUUUACGAUAACGCUGCCAUGCCUUGGUCAAUCGAUGGCCUGUUGGAUCCAAGUCUUUUCCGUUAUGGCAAAGCAGUGCUGACGGCAAUUUUAUCUUGUAGCGCCUCAAUCCAGACCGCUGUGGCCAGGACACAAUAUGCGGGAGGCAAAAGAGAGGUAUCGACGGCGUUGGAAUAAGGUGGAUAGGUCCCGGAGGAGGGUAUGGCUUGAUGCUGACGGUCCCAGCGAAGGUCCAGAUGAUGGU